UGGAAUUCAGUUCUAUGUGUGGGAGAAACAGGAGUAAACCACCGACCUUUGAUAUAGCAUUGAUAAACUUGAAGUUGUGACGCAUAUAUACACAGUGUUGGAGGAAACAAGUUGUUUUCAACGAACAUAGCAACUCCAGGGUCAUCGAUGCCUUAUUGUCACCAAGGCCCCACAAGCCCUGAGAGAGGAGGCACUGCGCGUGACGUGAGGCGUGGCGCGUGAAAAAAAAAGUUACUUCCCAAAGGCCAGUGGUUUAUUCUAGGUUUUUAUGCCAAUAGAAUCUGACCAAUCAGAAUGUCGGACGUAUGGGAGCUAUACUACCACGGGCCAAAGUUAGUUGGUCCAGGGAGGGGAGAGUUCGUGAGGCUGAUGUUUGAAGAGCUCGGGAUGAAGUACAAGGAAGUCAAUGAUAAUGUAUACGAAUUGUUCCGCGAUAAACUUCAGGGUUUCCCGUCACUGGCUCCCCCUAUGAUUAAAAAAGGAGACUUUCAACUGUCGCAGACAGGGGUCAUCUGUAAAUAUCUGGGUAAGAAAUACGGUCUGUAUCCAGACACGGAAGAGGACGAAUGGCACGCUGAGCAGGUGUUGUCCACAAUAAUGGAUUACAUCUCUGAAGGUAGACUUGCCUUUCACGGGAAAAACUUCUACGAGUCUUAUUACACCCAGCAGGAGGAAACUAAGCCUUACAUAAAGGUGUUUAUUGAAAAGAGAAUGCCCAAAUUUCUCGACCAUUUCGAGAAAGUCCUUAAAGCAAACGACAGAGGAAAUGGGUUUGUGAUAGGGAAGAAGCUGACAUACGUCGACAUUGCCUUACUCCACGUUCUUCGAGCCACAGAGGCUCAGUUCCCCGAUGUCUGGCCAGCCGUUGAGAACAUCCCUUUGCUCCGAGCUUUCAAGGAGCGCAUCUCUGCUCGGCCAAACCUGGCCGCGUAUUUCAAAUCCGGUCGUCCAAGACCGUUCGAAGGCAACAGUAUGAUGUAGAUUGAACCAUAGGGAAGGAUUCAUGAUUCAAAGACUUAAUUCAAGCCUAAUUGUCGUAUGCAUGUUGAAGGCAGCAACGUGGUUUUAUUACAUACAGAGCUUUAUUAAAUUUUGUUUAGUGCACUUGAAUUUAAAGUCAAUAACUUUACAUUAUUGGUGAACACCUGGGCUGUUCACAAUCUAUAGCCGCGGUUACGCAGCAGAGAUUU